CCGAGGCAACGCUCUCUCAACCUGCGCUCUCAUUGGACGAGUACGACGCCCGUCACUCCCCCGAUCCGUCGGAAGUGCGUUCUCGUUCUGCGUCUCCAUGCACUCCGCCAGUCACAACCCGCCUGCGAUUUCGCAUUGUCGGCCUCUUCUUCACGCCUUUGAACUGGUGCGCAAAGCGGGCUGUCGAGAAGACGUACGGGUUCGCACGGGAGCGAGGCGGCAUAUAUAUAUGGCCUUGGAUUAUGUUGCCGUUCCGAGUGAUGUGGGAUUCAACUCUGCCUCUGCUUUAUAAAAACCAGCCUCAGGAAUGAGCCGAUAUGCUUUCUUACUUGCAUUUCAUUCGCCGAGACUGAGCGUAUGAGGAACAGCUAGUUUAACACCGUUUAAAAGCCAUCUUUUGUAGACAAAAGACGGCUGCGAAGUAAUAGUCAAAAAUUCAAGAGGUCUAUGGAGAAAGUUGGCAAGAUGUGGGGUAACCUCAGGAAUCGAUGCCAAGCUCUCUUCCACACCGAUGGCUCCGAGUCCAAUUUGUGUAGCCAGGAUGUCAAUCGUGUCCUCUGUGUGGUAGACUCAAGAGGAGGAACACGUGCAAGUGAACCCAGUGGAACUAGGUCUUCCACCCCCUCACGAAGCUUGUCACCUCUCCCAGUGGCAACUGGAGGUCGCCGAGGCCAUAACUGUGUUGCAGAUUUUCCCCAGAUAGUUGAAAUCUCUAUUGACAAAGACAGCGAGGAUGCACGGAGGGGCCCUCAUGUGCGUAGGGACUCCUACUCUCGUCAUGCUCCCUGGGGAGGUAAAAAGAAGCAUUCAUGCUCAAAUAAAACGCAAAGUUCACUUGAGGCUGACAGGCGAACAGGGCGCUCAAGAGGAAGUACGGCCAGGAGGGAUCGUCGCUAUGGGAUUAGCUCCAUCCAAGAGAAUAAUGAUUCUGUAGGAGCUGGCAGCAGUGGGCGCAGCCUUAGUGCCCGUUCCUUGCACCAGCGACUUAAAGAUACUGUAGGCCUGUGUCUUCCCUUGCCCACACACCACCGCUCUCAAUCUGCGAGAGGUCCGGUGUCUUCCAAACGUAAGAUCCACCUGACUGAACUGAUGUUAGAAACGUGCCCUUUCCCACCUGGUUCUGAUUUGGCCAACAAGUGGCACCUUAUCAAGCAGCAUACGGCACCGGUCAGCCCUCAUUCAUCAACUGCUCUUUUGGAUGCAUUUGAUUCAGCACAUCCCUCCCCGGAGGAUGAGGAAGAGAAACUCCGUGAGCGACGCAGGCUUAGCAUAGAGGAAGGAGUGGACCCUCCUCCGAAUGCGCAAAUCCAUACACUGGAGGCGACUUCACAGAGCUCUUCUGUCUAUAAACUGGGACCAAAGAUGGCUCCUGGUGUUGGCGAAGGAAUUGUGGAGGGCAGGAGUAUGGGAACAGUCUCUUCUAUUUCUGGGGGCUUGUCCGGGAUUGCCGCACAGGUUGCUGCGAGUAUGGCGACGCCAGCCCACUCUGUCGACUGUGAUUCCGAGGAGGACUCAACAACCCUCUGCUUACAGACAAGGAGACCCAAACAGAGGCACGCCUCUGGGGAUGCUCAUUGCUCCAGACAGCAGGGGCCUUGGAAGGUCCACACGCAGAUAGACUACAUCCAUUGUUUGGUGCCUGAUCUACAGGCCAUAACCGCACUUCCCUGUUAUUGGGGAGUGAUGGACCGGUACCAAGCAGAAGCGCUGCUGGAUGGACGGCCAGAAGGCACUUUCUUGCUGCGUGACUCUGCCCAGGAGGACUACCUGUUUUCUGUCAGUUUUCGACGCUACAAUCGUUCGCUGCACGCACGCAUUGAACAAUGGAAUCACAACUUUAGCUUUGAUGCGCACGACCCUUGUGUCUUCCACUCUACCACUGUUACAGGCCUACUGGAGCACUACAAAGACCCCAGUGCCUGUAUGUUCUUUGAGCCCCUUCUCACGGCUCCCCUACAUAGGACCUUCCCCUUUAGCCUUCAGCAUCUGGCACGAGCCGCCAUCUGCAGACACACCACCUAUGAUGGCAUUGGUGCCCUGCCGCUGCCGCCAACCAUGCAAGACUUCCUCAAGGAGUAUCACUACAAACAGAAAGUACGGGUGCGCUGGCUGGAAAGAGAGCCACCACUCAAGGUCAAAUGAGGUCUGGCUUUGGGCAUGACCGAGGCAGAUGUAGUGUAGGCAGGAUCCCUGCUGCCAGAAAAGUGUGGCUCGUAUUAUCCAUCAUACAGCUGGCUUAAGACACGCAGCAUUGGAGGAUGUUAUGAACUCACACCAAUAUUUUUGUUAAUACUACACAUGGAAUCCAUAAGUAUGAUGCAAAGCAGCAGUACAUGUUAUCAGGCUAGCUUAUGUGCUUAAGUCUUGAGCAUUGCUCUUUAUGCUCCCUGCUUUUUAUUUUCUAGUGUUUUCACUAUUUUGAGCAGUAUAAAAAAGCAUUACAUUAAAUAGACUCCUGCUUGUUUAGCAAAUCUACAUAAGCUUAGUCCAGUGUUAAAAUAUAUUCAACUAAUUUGUGGAACUCUUCAUACCUUGAAAUAACGGCUAGUCUGUAAAACCUGAUGUUAAAUAUCUAGAUGCAUUAACUGUAUAUUUGCUAAGUCAUUGCUAAUUUGUCAGCAAUACCUUCUCGAUACUUCAGCCUCCUGCACGUGUCGGGUUCCCUGAGGCAGCACUUGUUAAGCACUGUGUACAUGGACAGGGUCACAGUUAGACACACACCUCCCAGCACGAAGCAUGUUUUAUUUUUAAAAUGGUGGCAGACAGAAGUGAAAGGCAUAAUUGCAUAAAGAGGAGGGAGCAGUUACGCGUAAAAAGCUACCAUUUACUCUCACGCAGUAACCACAGAGAGUGGGCACACAGGCGCAGAGUACCAUGUGCCAUAUGAUAGAGAGGGUGUUAUUUAAAACUAGGACCUCGUGAAGUGUCAUAUCCCAGCAUUACCCUAGUUUUUAACAAUCUAUUUUACUAUUGUCUAUUUUUAUCGGUGACAGUCGAAAAUGGCACUUUAAUUGUUGUCUGUAUACCGCACAAAGACAUAUAGACUUAAGUGCAUACGUAUAAAUGGAUUAUAUUGUGUCUAUCUUUUUAUGGACCUUAAGCAUUAGACGUCAGUUUUAACCCCUCGUUCUCCUAUAUUCUCAGCACGAGUCACCCAAAGUAGAUGUCGGUUGGGAAGUAUCUCUUACCGAGCCUGCGCAUACGGUAUGGCUUUAUUUAAGCCAACAUGGCUACAUAUGCAACCACCUAAAGUGGACAGAGAUAGUAAUCUUAAACAUGUACAGAUUCCCUGAUUGUUUUCACUUUAGAUAUAGUUCAGACACAGACAGAUGCCAUCGCUGUGUAUAUAUUUAAUGUUUGUUGGAUUGAUGUCCGGUUCUGUCGUUACGUCUGGUUGGUUCCACCUGAUGAUGUUGCACUUUCAAUCAUUGUGAAGCAGCUAUGCUUUCCUUGUCAAAAUUAUGUGCACUAAUGAUUGAGAUUCCCUGAACACUGUAAAAAAAACUUUUUUUUAAAACUUUUGUAAAUCUUUGGCCUUAAUAACAAAACCUUUCGAUUGAGGCCAACAAAAUCAUGCUUGUAUAAAAUCAGAGGUUUGGCAUUGCACUGGUGUGCUCUUGAAGUCCAGUCAGAUGUCAGCCAGUGCAGAAAAGUUGCAUAAUGUGUGUACCAUGGGACAGUUUGCAGUAUUAGGGUGUUUGGUGAUCAGCGACCAAAGGUGUGCAUCUUAGGUUAUUGUGCAUGAAUAAUCGUCCUCCAUGACAUUUGGUUAUUUGAGCACAAUGCCUCAUGUAUCGUGUCCCGAGUCGCACUUGUUUUUAAAGCCAUUUAUUUUAGCUGCAAUUAAAUACGUUUUCAGAACCUGUCUGGGAUCUUGCUGAAAGGAAGUCAUUUUGUUAGUCUUUGGGCUUUUUUCUCUAAUUUUCCAUUUGAACAACCUGACUGAAAACUCAACACAUCCACCUUUACAUUUCUUCCAAUGUGUACACUGUACGCUCUGUGUACAGUUUUAUAUUAUGUCAACUUUGAACUGGUACAUGUCAGAUGAUGUCAUUUUAAGACUUUAGCAGGAAUACUACAUUUCUCAUUGAGUUUCUAGAAAGCUCGUCACUAAAGCACUUGGUCACAGCUUCAAAGCCUCAAGUCAUUUUAAAUAAAAAAAAUUACAGGGGCCUCAAAAAUGGAUUGACAACUUAAAAACACGCAGUGUUACUUCCAUUGGAUUAGAUAACAAAAUGUCAAAGCAAGUGAUCCUUAGCUGGUCACGAGCUGGUUUAAUCUGAUCCUUAGCUGGUCAUGAGUUUAGGACCAGCACAUGACCAGCUCAAACCAGCUACCUUGCUUCAAAACAUAUCUAACCAGCAUAUGCUGGAUUUUCAACAGGGUUUUAAGGGGAACAUGAAUAACACUACUCAAAAAUCAUUAACACAGGACUGCAGGCACAUUACACCAAUAUUGAGACAUUGACAAAGCUUCCAGGAUGCAUUUAUGAAAGAAAGCGAGCAUCAUUUUUGAGGUCCGUUAAACGCUUCCUCACCAAACCCAUUGCAUUUACACUCAAACUGUGUUUUAAAACACCGUGGAAGUCAUUUGGGACUCUUUUUGCUACUACACAGUGAGCGCGUCUCUCCUGGCAGAGUUACGCCCUGCCUUACACGCACUAAUCACAGGCUAAAUUUAAUAUGUUAGCCUCUAAAUUUACCACCUGCUAAAAGGACCACUCUGUGUUUCCUAAUGCUGUGAAAAUAGUGAAGUGCUCCAGUUUUUCCUCUUCCUCCCCGUUCUGACCACAUCCUCAUCAUCACUCACUUUUCUGGAUAUGUAGAGCUGAAAGCAGAAAGCCGGUUGUUUGUCUAGUCUGCAUGCUACGCUAAAGUUAGCAUUAGCAUAGGGCUAAAACACACAGUGCUCCAUUGAGCAAGAUUGAAUGCUACAGAAACGGUGCCGUCGUGUAUGAAACCGCAGCUGCUAUUUAGUUAAUAGUUGAGAGAAUGUAUCGCGAGGGAAAUGACACACCAAACUUAAUCCAACACAGUGUUCUUCAGUCACUCAGGCAAGGUUUAUUGCAUUUAAAAUAAGGGACAUAAAAUCGCAACAGUCAGUCUGCAGAAGGCAACAAAGAUGCCAGUGAGGAGUCUUAUGAGACUUCUGUGAACUGCGUCUUGUGCUUACGGCCGGGGGACGUUUUUUCUUGGCUUUUAAUAGUUAACAAGUGGACAAUUGUGAAACAGCUUCUCUAUACAGAGGAGUCUGGUGUGUUUUGCCCUUUUCCCCAUGGGAAAUGUCUUAUGUCAGCCACUGUAGCACAUACUGACCAUGUCAAGUAGACCCUGCUUGCAAUUUAUGCGGUGAAAUGUUGCUUGACACAUACUCAAAUGUACUUGCACGCAUACUGAAAUGUACCCACAGUUGUUAAAUGUCGAAUUUGUUGCCCCUAUGAUUACAAACAGUAUUGUCUUGAAUUUGACUUUGUGUUUAAGUUAGAGUGAGUUAUAUAAUGCACUAUAUGCCCCUGAAUGGGGCAGGGCAGUAAAUGAUCUUGAAUUUACUAAUCCUGUUUAGUACUCUCACAGCUUUCUUUUAGUGCCAAUGUGUAAACCUCUGGGGCUUUAUUUAUGUAAUCAUCCUUAAUGUUAACACAAAAUAUUCUCUGAAAUGUUCCAACAAGCAAUUAAGACGUAUAUGCAUGUUUGCGAAUCAUUAAAAAACCCACAAGCACUCCACUAUCUAUAAAUAUAUGUAACGGGACAAAAUUAAAUUCAUGUAAAUAUGGCGAAAUUUGUUCGUUGUACAUGUAGAAAUGAUUAGAUGUGUGCUUUAUAAAUAAGGUCCCAGAUCUUUCUGACUUUGGUGUCAAAAUUUGUGGGGUUGAGUAAUAUUUUUAUGCAAGCAGAGUAGCAUUUAACAAGAUUAUUAUUUUUACAUAAAUCAUAUCUAAUACACAGUGAGUGUGAUGUAACCAUGGUGGCAAUCAUACGCCACUUUAAUGCUAAACGUGCACGCUUGUAGCAGUAGGUUACUGUAUGUGUGUGGUGGCUGUGCUGACAGGGCUUGAUGAUGACAGGGGCUAAUGGUUGUCAUUUUGCCUUAUACGUUAUGACCAAUCACAACAGCCUUCCCAGCUGCCACAGGCUAACCCAUAUCUAAUCAUACAAGUAUCACCAAAUAUUCUUCUCUGUUCCUUUUCAUCAUAUUGUCUCUUAAAGAACUAAUGUCUCGAUGGAAGAGUAUGUAGAAAACCAAGAUGUUCACAUUUUAGUUUUGGUGUUUUUGUUUGUCUUGUAUGCCUAUUUUCUUUGUUUUUCUUCGCAUAACCUGUUCAUUGUUACAGCCAAUGCACUUGUAGUUGUCACUCUUGGUGCUUUGUGAAUGCUUCAUUGUCUUAAUAUUAUUAAUAAAAAAAUAUUGAGUGUAUACCGUGCUGUAAAUGGAUAUCUGUUAGAUUUGUUAAUGUCACAUACAGUAUCUCAACUAACAAUAAGGUUUUGAGAUUUUAUUUUGCUGUUUACAUUUUGCCAAAACCACACUGUAAAAAACAACUAUAGCAUUACUUUUUUGUGUAAAUUUGCGCAUAGUUUGCAAAAAGUUUUUAAAGUAAAUUGUACUUAUUUUUUGCACACAAAUUUGCAAAUAAAGUAAAUCUACUUUGUUUUUUUACAAUGUAUUAGGCUAUUUACAGAGCUUAUCAAAUGUCCCACAACUGGUCAACUUGAAUUGUAUUUUCUGAUUGUUAUAAUUCCAUAGUUCAGGAGAUUUUUCAGAGUUCUCAAAAGUCUCAGUUGUGUUUCAUUCAAGUGACAAAUGAAAAGAAAAAAAAAUGUUAAAAAAAGUUAAAAUACACAAGGAGUAUUAAGAUUUACAAUUAUUGUUCUUUAUAGAGAUAACAUAUUCAGCAUUUGAGUAAAUUUGAUGAGAAAUAUUUCAGUUCAUAAUUACAUUUUAUUGAAAUCCGAUCUCAGUUUGUGACAAUGAUUUAUUCAUUCAAUUUUAUUUAUAUAGCGAUUUUCACAAUGUGCAUUGUUCCAAAGCAGCUUUACAGGAGAAAGUAAGAAAAACAGAAAACCACAGAGAGGGUAAAACACAGCACAGUGCAUGGUGUUUAUAGAACAAGCAAGAUCAUUCUAGUAAAUAAUAUCUAAUAAAUGCAGUCUCCAGGUGAGCAAGCCAACACUGCCCUGUGGCGAGGAACCCAAACUCCAAUGAUAAAUAAAUGGAGAAAAAAAAACCUCGGGAGAAACCAGGCUCAGCCGGGAGGGCCAGGUCUCCUCUGACGUGUCACUGAAUAAAUGUUUAUGAAGAAUAGGGAGAGCUUAUUAGUUGGUAGUUUUGAUCGAUAUCAGACAACAGAGCAAUGUUACAAGCAGAGAAAUUAGUAAUGGCAUAAUGUAACUGAGUGCAGCUAUAACUUCACUGCUGUCAUGUGAUGUAAAUUUAGCAUUAAAUACUAAGUAUUAUAAAUUUAGCAUUAAUGUGACAAGUAGUCCGUCUCUGCUCUUGGGUGGUGAUGGAAUUGCCUGAGAUGGAGCUGGGAUGGUCAGUCAGUCCGCAGGAGGAUGGCACGGGAUGUUCAGAUGGAGCUGGUGUAAUCUCUAGUUAGGGAGAGGCAUAUGACGUUCAUCUGUGCUGGCGUAAUCUCUCCCUACCUCGGGAUGGGCGUCCUGAGGCGGGGGAGGAGGGCAGAAAGAGAAUAAUUAGUGUAGCUGCUGUUCAUUAAUUAAUUAAUUUAUUUAUUUAGCAUAUUUUGCAUUAAGUGAAUGCUUGGCUGAAAAGAUGUGUCUUUAAUCUAGAUUUAAAUCGGGAGAGUGUGUCUGACCCUCGAAUAGUAUCGGGAAGGCUAUUCCAGAGUUUAGGUGCUUACAUAUGAGGAAGCUCCGCCCCCUUUGGUGGAUUUAGUUAUUCUAGGUGUUAUCAAAAGUCUGGAGUUUUGAGAUCUUAGAGAGCGUGAUGGGUUGUAGUGUGGUAGAAGCUCUGUUAUGUAGGUAGGGGCUAAACUGUUUAAGUCUUUAUAAGUGACUAAAAGAACUUUAAAGUCAAUACGAUGCUUAAUGGGUAACCAGUGAAGGGUUAAUAACAUUGGGGUUAUGUGAUCAUAUUUUCUGGACCUGGUUAGAACUCUGGCAGCUGCAUUCUGAACUAACUGUAGUUUGUUUAUUGAUGCUGCAGGACAACCACUAAGCAGUGCAUUACAGUAGUCAAGUCUUGAGGUCACAAAUGCAUGAAUAAGCUUCUCUGCGUCAGCAACACAUAAAAUAUUUUGUAUUUUGGCAACAUUUCUAAGGUGGAAGAAGGCUGUUUUGUGACAUUUGAGAUGUGAUUUUUAAAUGACAGGUUGCUGUCUAAUAUAACGCCUAGGUCUGUAACUGUAUUUGUUGGAGUAACAGUGCAGCCCUCAAUUUGCAGGUUAUAAUCCGAAAUAUUCUGCUCACGUGUCUUUGGUCCGAUAAGUAAUAUUUCUGUUUUAUUGGAAUUUGAAAGAAGGAAAUUACAAGUCAUCCAAUGUUUUAUAGCUUCAAUGCACUUAUCAAUUUGGACAGCUGGAAGGAAUCAUCUAGUCUUGAUGAGAUAUAUAGCUGAGUAUCAUCUGCAUAACAGUGGAAGCUAAUUCCAUGUUUUCUAAUAAUGUUUCCAAGGGGCAGCAUGUAUAUGCAGAAUAGCAAGGGUCCUAAAACCGAUCCCUGAGGUAAUCCAUAAUUUACUUGCGUUAGAUUUGAUGAUUCCCCAUUUAAAUGGACAAAUUGAUGUCGGUCUGAUAAGUAAGAUCUGAACCAUUGUAGUGCCUGUCCCUGAAUACCGGUAUAAUUGUGUAAGCGAUCUAGAAGUAUUUUAUGGUCUACAGUAUCGAACGCAGCACUAAGGUCAAGCAGGACUAGGAGUAAGAUGUUACCUUUAUCUGAUGCUAUAAGCAGGUCGUUUGUCAUUUUAACGAGUGCGUUUUCAGUGCUAUUAUGUGAUCUAAAGCCUGACUAAAAUAUUUCGUGCAUGUCAUUAUUUUGUAAGAAAGAGCACAACUGAGUGGACACUACUUUUUCUAGUAUUUUAUACAGGUUAUAAAUGGGCUCAAUUGCAACGGGUAAUAACUCUUUUAAUAAUUUAGUUGGUAUGGGGUCUAAUAAGCAAGUUGUAGGUUUAGAUGUUGCAAUAAGUUUAAUUAAAUCUUCCUGUUUUAUAGGUGAAAAACACUGUAGCCUUUCUUUUGGGGCGAUGGUUGGUACUAAUUCAUAGGACAGACAUGGAGGUUGAGUUUUUAUUAUUUUGUCUCGUAUGUUUUCGAUUUUCUUUGUAAAAAAAUGAGUGAAUUCAUUGCUACCAAGGUGCGGCAGAAUACCCAGGUCAGGUGAUGUCUGUUUAUUUCUUAAUUUAGCAACUGUACUAAAUAAAAGCCUUGGAUUGUUUUUGUUAGUUUCUAUGAGGUUUCGGAGGUGCUCAGCCUUUGCUGCUAUUAGUGCCUUUUUAUAACAGUUUGCACUCUCUUUCCAAGCAAUUUUAAAGACCUCUAAUUGAGUUUGUUUCCAUUUACGCUCCAGUUUACAUGUUUCUCUUUUAAGGGCGCGAGUGGUGCUAUUGUACCAUGGUGCUAUGUUUUUCUCUAGGUAUGGGAGAAAAAAUCGAUUCACAUAUGAUUAUUGCUAGCGAUUCGAAUCGAUUCACAAAUUUCAAAAAUAUUUUUUUUAAACGUUACUAAAUAUAAAAACCUGACGUCUUUGGUGCAAAUAAGGCAGAAGUCAACUGCAAGAGCGGUGCAGCACCCGGACCUUUUACAGAGUGCCCACCUCACGCACAAACACAGCGGAGCAUACUGGAGCAGUAGAGAAAGAGAGAAAACCAAAUACAUUUUCAGCCCUAUAGGUCUAAAGUGAGUGAAAGUGAAAGUGACCUAUUAGUCAGAUAUGACCCAUAGUCAGAUGUGACCCAUACCCGAAAUGUGACCUCUGCAUUUAACCCAUCCAGAGAGUAGUGAACACAAGCACAGCAAGUGCAUGUGACUAAACUGCAAGAUAAACGAAGUACAUUUUUAGGAUGGUCUUUCUCUGCAUCUGCUCUGUACAGUGAGUUAGCGGCAGGGAGAAACAGCGCAUUCAAUUUACUACACCGCAGCUGACUUGUCAGUAAGUGCAAAAUAGAAUUGCCCAUAACCUGUCACUGUUCAGACUUAAGAACAUGAACAAACUUCUGUAAAUAUGCACCGUUUGUUAGCCAGACGGAUGCACUGGGUGCUCUGCACGGGACGGGACUAAUACACUAAUAUUGGUAAAACAACCGCUCCUUCAAUGUACGUGUGUAUGAUGAUUUUGUCAUACGAUGUGGCAGAGUUGAAAUUUACUUGUACUUUUAAGCCUUGAUUUAGUAAAUCAUUAGAGUAAACUCAACUUAAAGAUUUUAAGUUUAUUUCAUUCAGUCAGUUUGCUAACGUUAGCAAACGUUAACGUUAUACACAUUAUGGUAACAGAACUCAUUAAUCUUCAGAUAAGGAGCAGGACAAUAAAACAAAAAACGUUUUAAAGUGCACUAAAUAACGUUUGAAAAAGUGGAAAAUCUUAUGUGUUAGAUUUUAAUGUCAUUCAAUAAGAUUCUUGCCCCGUCACUAUCAUAGCAGAAAUUAUUGUUUCAGCUCAUGCACAUGAGCUCCACUGUGAUUUGGCCUGGAGGUCAGCCGUAUUAUUUGUCCUUUUGAAAUGAAAUAUAAAUAGCAUGCAGGUUAUCGGUUACACAUCACCCACCCAAAGCUCAUGAAUAAUUGAGCGUAUCUUUUGGAUACGCAGAACUGAGUGGAAGAAAAGAAGGCAUUUAUAUUUACUUUAUUGAAAAUUAUAUAAUUCAUCGCUCAAGCGAUGCUGGACCAUCAGUGAAACCCAAUCUGGAAAACAACACACUCUCAAAUUCUGCUCUUUGUAGCAAGCUGUGUGUACAGAUUGAAUUCUAACCAGCGCGCUCAGUUUAUUCAAAUUUUUUCUUUGAUGAAAGCAAGCUGGUCAAUGGGUGAAUGAAAAGCAUUCCUGGUUAUUCUAUUCUAGAGUCUUUCAUUAGGUUGCAGAGACAUUUCCAACUCUGCUCACGUUUUCCAUAGCCGGCGUAGCUCAGGAGCACCAAGCCCUCCCUAAGGAACAGUACUCCCAAAAUGAGUUCAGACUUUCUUUUGUGUAAUACAAAGGGGGCAUGUGGCAGACUUUUUAAAAUAAUAAAAAGUAAAGGAGGACUGGGAAUGUAAAGCUCCAAAAUGUAAAAAAACCCCACCAUAAAUGCAAUCAAUGCAAUAUGUAUCUUGUAUUCAAUUUUCAUUAACAAUCUUCUCAAUUUAUUGAGCUGCUUCUACGAGCAUCAAGCAUCUUAUUUGUAAAUGCACUCAGACUGAUUUUGUGAGUUAAAUGUAUCAAGAUGCAUUUCAAAAGACUGUUUUGUUCAAUUGACCAUUGCUACUUUUCUCAAAUCUUUGCAUGCAAGGAGAACAUUUCUGUAAAUAAUGACUUAACUUUCCAGCUGUUCUGCAUAAUUCAAUUGCAUGGUUUUAGUAGACGUGGAAUAGUACUGCUGAUUUGAAAGAACAUGACACAUGCACUUUUCUCAUACCUCACAUCUCCACACAUCAUCCAUAAGCGAUGCAGUAUGAUAGAGAGGCGGAAAAAGCUGCCGUCUGCCACUAUGGACAGCCUCCAAGUCUGUGGCGGCAAAGUAAAUGAUGACCUCUCACUCACCUCUGCCUGCCAAAUACACACACACACACAUGCACAGGCUCCCAUCCAUCUUUCAUACCCAUCCCUAGAUAGUAUUUUACACCCAGUGUGGAUGGCGGCCGUCAAGCGUGCAUGAGGGGCCUAAAUCGGCCUCCUGUACACCAGGCUGGCAAUCACAGCCAAGAAAAACAGCCAUCACUAUCACACUGUCAUCUGGAGAAACCAGCCUUGCCUCUACAGCGGAUUAACCACAAGCUCAUGAAAACAUGAUGACUGUACCAUGUAUCUGCAAGAUUAAACCGCCUGAUACAGGAGGCGUGUUUAAGUCCUUUUGGCACAAUUUGGCUCCCCACUUAAAAUGUCAGCUGGCACAUUGCCUUUGCCAGUCAACUGUAUGUGGGAAAACGUGAAAGAGAGCCACAAAUAUGCAGCACACAAUGUACGGUUAAAUAAAAACGAUCAAGUAAAUUUAACUGACAAAUGACAAUGUGAACUCAUGAAAUAGAUUUAAGUGGGAUUUUGUUUAACCAAAGGCUUUUAGCUAUUUGAUUUUGUGACACUAGUGACACAGUAACAUGUUUUAUAAUCCAAAAUGAAGGUUCAUG